GCUCGUGUUAGCGCCCGUGUCGCUCGUGUGACAGUACUGUAGCGUGUAUGUGCCGUCCGUGAGUGCAUCCCACGUGCCGUUGUGGCGUGUUGUCAAUCCGUGCCUUUGAAAACCGCCAAAAUUCGGGUGAAGAACCGUGAUCCGGUGCCGGCGUAUGCCAUGGCCGACGCCGACCGCGAUUCAGAUCUUGGUGACGACAGCCCCGUGAUUGUUUGAAGUAUUGUAAAAACAGUCAGCCAGAUCAGAAGGCGAGUCAUCAGGAGAGCAGUCCUGCGAGAGCUCUGACGAGGGUGUAGGCCGUGACGUCAGCAUUCCGCAGCACCACCAGCCGAUGCCGCACCAGCAUAAUCUCACCCACCACGCCGCCAUGAACCACCAGCAGAUGAACCAGUUGAACCACCCUCACCAGAGGAACUCGCCGAGACCUCUGGAGAGGGAAAUUAAGGUCCGUGAUGACUUCGAAUCACUGAAGACGUCUCUCCACCCGCACCUAUCAUCGCUGGCUUCUCUGGCCCAGGGUGCUCCACUAUCGACGCCUAACAGCGUGUUUGCGCUUGCGGGCGGAGGCCCGGGCUUCCCUUACGCGCCGCCAGCGUUCCUCGCCCCAGCGCCUCCGCCCCCCGCCCAGCCGGCAGGAUCAGCGUCAUCUUCCUCAUCCGAAGGAAGUGCCGCUGGGUGGAGCUUUGAAGAACAGUACAAGCAGGUCCGUCAGUUGUAUGAAAUCAGCGAUGACCCCCAGAGGAAGGAGUUCCUAGACGAUUUGUUUUCGUUCAUGCAGAAGAGAGGAACACCAAUCAACCGACUGCCAAUAAUGGCCAAGUCAGUGUUGGACCUGUACGAGCUGUACAACCUGGUGAUAGCGCGAGGCGGCCUGGUGGAGGUGAUCAAUAAGAAGCUGUGGCAGGAGAUCAUCAAGGGACUACGGCUGCCGUCGUCCAUCACCUCUGCGGCCUUCACUUUACGGACCCAAUACAUGAAGUACUUAUAUGACUACGAGUGCGAGAAGAAGAAUCUGUCAACCAGAAGUGAGUUGGACGCGGCCAUAGAGGGCAACAAGCGGGAGGGGCGCCGCGCCUCCGGCCAGUAUGACGCCCAGGCGGCAUUGUCUAUGCCGUCAUUAAACCGCGGCGUGCCGGCGUCCCUCGCGCAGCUGUCGCACAUGCAGCCCCUCUCCCUCUCCCUGGGGGGCGUGCCGCGCUUGCCGCCGCUGCCGCACGCGCCGCACGUGCAGCACGACAUCGAGUACCGAGUCCGAGAGUAUAUGAAGAUGAUACAGCAACAACGCGAGCUUAUAAGGAAUGGUUCAGAGUCUCCCCCCGGCGCCCCGAUGGUCUCGCCCCGCGACGCGGCGCUGUCCGCCAUCGACGUGUCGCGCUUGACCCUCUGGUCUCUGUACAACAACAACAACAACAGCCCACAACCUGACCUCGAACCGCAACGCAAUACACAUUACAGAGAGGCGCUGAACCUGAGCGAGAGCCCGAACUCGACUAACGGCGUGAAGCGCGAGGCGUGCCGCUCGCCCCCCCCGCCGGCCAAGCGCCGCACGCCGCGCCCCCCCUCGCCCCGCUCGCCCCGCUCCGCGCUCUCGCCCCGCUCCCCGCGCUCCCCGCGCUCGCCCCGCUCCCCCCGCUCGCCCGCGCGCGACGACAAGCACGCGCACCUCAACGGUGCGGCGAACGGCGUGAGCGGCGCCGCGUUUAAGAUCACUACGAGAGGUGACGCAAGCACUGGCGACCAGAAACUGGUAGUAUCCAUAGAGCUCAACGGUGUCACAUACGAAGGAGUACUAUUCCCGUCGCAAAACGGGAACGGCCAGAGCAACCAUCGGCAAAUGGUCUCUUAAAUUUACCAGACAAAUUUUAUAAAAUAGGACAUGCUAUUUUACGCUUUACGUCCCAUAGCACUAGAUACGAUAUCGCUGUGGCAUAACCAUACCUCUUUACAUCCACUAUUUAGAAUAAUCCCAGUAAGAUCGUCGAAUUUUUAGGGAAUCACCUGCAUGUAAUCCCGCAGGCGACUGCUAUCUCACUCGUUCUGGAUGUAUCCCGAAAAAUAACUGAGUUGUGGGACAAAGACGAUAAUAUUUGAGAUAAUUCGUUUGCAGAUUACAUAGUUACAACAAAUUGCACCUACGAUCUCCGUGCACGGUUUAACAUAGAUAUUCAGUCUUAUAUCUUAUAUUAUCUGUAAUAUGCGUUGAAAUAGAAUAGGUAAAGGUUAGGUUGUUUACGGUAACAUAACCUAACCUAUUAGGACUUUAAAAUACUUAUAGUGUUAGAAUUACUAGGUUUGUGUUUGGGACUAAAAGCGUCAGUGAAACUCAAUAGUUUGAGUUGAAUUAUAUUUUACAAAACAAGAUUUUGUUUGAAUAUUUAUAGUUUGCUUAUCGUUGUCACUGCCCAGAUGUCAUCUGUAGAAAAUCAUUUGAUUCAUUGAGUUUGUUUCUAAACUUUUCACGAUUGAAUAAUGACAAUUGUAAAUAGCCAGUUGUGUUGUUUAUGUUAUGUCCGAUGAGUGGUAACGAUGUAUGUGCUCGGUUUUUAUAUGUUUUUAUGUAAAUUUUUGUAAAUAUUGUCGUGUAAAGUUGAGUAGUCGGAUUUUCUACACCGCAUUGUAUGUUUGUGAUUGUUAGCUAUGAUAGGUGUACAUUUCGAAUAUUAUUGAUAUCAGUAUUGUGUUAGUUUUUAAUUAUUUAUAAAUUAUGAUUGCAUUUUUCUGUUCGCUGUGAAACUAUCAAAUUCUCUAAAACAAUUUUUGUGUUUAUUCAGAUAUAGCAAUUGUUUUAGGGGAUUUGUUAUUUGGAUUUAUAACAGUAAUAAGAAAUAGAACAGAAAAUGCUUACAUCAUUAUGAUAGUGAAAAUAAAGAAAAUCUAUAAAAAGUUUUAUUUUAAUGAUCUGUGCGCAUCUCGAAUAUAUUAUUUUAAUGACAUUAUGAAACUCAAUUUUAGUGAAAUAAUGAAAUUAUUUGAA